AAUGCAUCCACCUCAAUCAGUGACUCGUUAGGCGUCAGUAUACGAUUGCAGAUGUUACUCGUGUUUCUGCUGUUGGUAGUUCCUGCGUUUGGAUUGAAAAACAUCAAUGUGACUCGUACGAUUCGCUUUAAAGGAAGCGUUGUUAAAAUACAUCAUGAUAUUCUGCUCAGUGAAACGCCUUCUGAAUACCAGUUUGCCGUAGAGGAAAGUGACUGGAAACAUCUGGCUUUUAUCGGCGCAUCGCAUGGAGACGAAAAAUCACCACAGAAGAUCUCUGUGAAGGCGACAGCGGGGAAGCCUUACACGUACUCUUUCGAUCUUGGGAAACCAUCCACCCAACAAACUCAUUUGUUUGUGGAUAUUGUAUUAACGGAAUCAUUAGAACCAAAACCUGCUGAGAUUUACCAAGCUGAUAAGCAGCUCGUCAGGUUUAAGGGCAAUGCUCUCUUUCAUUCUCCUUAUCUGACGGACAGUCAGCAGACUUUAGUCCACUUGCCCAAAGGCCGACUUUUGACCCACACUUAUGCCUCACUAUCGCCUGUUGUAAAUGGAAAUGAUUUAGUUUAUGCUGCUUCUGAUAGUCGUCCAGCCUUCUCAAGGGAUCCAUUCGUCCUACAUUUCGAGUACGACACCCCGUUCCUGGUAGUUACCAAUAUGACACGUCUCAUUGAAGUAUCUCACUGGGGAAAUAUUGCUGUUGAAGAGACGCUUGAAAUAGUGAACAUGGGUGCAAAGUUGCGUGGUCCGUUUUCUCGCUUGGAGUUCGACUAUGGAGUCGGGCAACAAGUAGCAGCCAACUCUCUCAAAUCGUCCUUGCCUCUGUCUGCAAAAGACAUUUACUACCGCGAUGAGAUUGGCAAUAUUAGUACAAGUACAGUCAAGACCUCAUUGGACUCCGUGGAGGUGACACUUGUUCCGCGGUUCCCGCUAAUGGGUGGAUGGAAAACACGCUACACAAUAGGAUACAACAUCCCAGCCUACGAGUUCCUUUAUCACAGUGGUUCGAACUUUGCUCUUGUUAUGAGGUUCAUUGACCAUAUUUACAAGAACCAAUACAUCCGCGACUUGACAUUGAAAAUUGUUCUCCCUGAAACCGCCGGUGAUAUCCAGUUUGAACCCCCUUUCCCUGUUUCCGAACAGCAUUUCGAAAUUAUGAAAACAUACUUAGACACGUCAGGCCGAACCGUUAUUGUCUGUAAAGCCGAAAAUCUUGUUGAUGAGCACAUUCAAGAUUUUAAGGUGAACUAUCGUUUCAAUCUCCCAAUGAUUCUCCGAGAACCUAUGAUGCUGAUCACAGCAUUUCUAUGCUUAUUCGGUGCUGUAAUAAUUUACGUACGCCUAGACUUUUCAAUCUAUAAGAAUGAAAAAGAUGAACUUCGCCUUCGAGCACAAGCGCUAGUAGAUGAAGCUCAAGCCUUGCUAAGACGUCGUACUGCUUUCUAUCAAUCUUAUGAAGAUGCCCUGACAAAAUAUAAAGGGUCUAAAGACACCACUCAGUUCACAAAUGAUCGUCGUAAAUUAGAAGCGGAACAUAAAGGUUUGAACCAACAGUUGACAUCAGUUCAGAAUAAAAUGGGAGAUCUCUACCCUGAUGGAGUUGAUAAAUUAAAUGAUAUCAGCAGUCUUGAUCAACAAUAUCGUGACCUAUUUCAAGAAGGUAUCCAACUAGCAGAAAAACUGCUCACGGGCAAGUUGACAAAAGCACAAUAUCAAUCAGCAAACGAUGAUUUAUGCUCUAAGAAAACUGAUGUGAUUUACAAAAUAGAUUCAAUAUCGGAAUGUCUCUAGUGUAUGUGAUAACUAAUACGAUUCCUAUGUGAAUAAUUCUUUGUGUGUGUGGACCUUAUUUUUAGUUCUCUUUGUGUGCAAUUAUGUUGUGUUAUGUUGUUAUGUUAAUUUUUUUUUCCACUGAUAGUGCUUUUUUUUCU